GGUUUUGAAUGGAACCUGAUGGUGUUGAAGCCCCAGGGAACCUGAAGCAGCAGGAGUGCGUAGAGUACGAAUACAUGGACAUCCGUAGAUCAGACUCUGGAGAGAGGCCGAUCUGGUCAAGAAGGGAGAGCGCAGUAGCUGAACAGAACACUUUGGAUGCAGAGAAGAGAGAAAGAAUAAGAGGGACUCAGGCAGAGGGGGAGAAAGAGGAAGGAGAGGAAGAUAAGGAGGAAUACCAAUACACUAAUCCGCAGCCCAGACUGAAAGAUAGCCUGGUCAGUGCGGCCAGGCCCAGGCCAGAUGUGUUUGCAGCUGGAACAAGAGGGGAGGAGGAGUACGAGGAGAUGGAUGGCUGUGGUGGGGCCUCUUGCGGAGGGGGUGAGGCAGAGUAUCAGAACAUCACAAGGAAGGGAAGGGAAGGCAGGGAGGAGGUGUGUAGCAGCAGGUGCGGGGGGCUGGGGGGAUACAUCAAGGUGUGCACAGUAGUAGGAGAUCCCACAGGCAACACAUCAUUUGACAACCCAGACUACUGGCACAGCAGACUGUUCCUCAAACCAGAUGCUUUGCGCAACUAAUAAGGCAAACUGGGACAUGAAAGUUUUGUUAGUUACUAGCUUUUAUCCACAGUACUGUUGGCCCUUUUGCAACUGUGUCGAAGGAAUGUGAAUGAAAGCUGUCAUUACUUUUACAGUUUAUUAUGAUUAUUAUUAUUAUGACAACAAGUUUAUUAAGAUAUGUAAAACAUACUAUAUAAAUCAAAUUCUCAGCAGGAAGACUGUCAAAGUAUCAUAUGACCCGCCUAAAGAUCAAUUAUCAACGUUUACGCUUGAUUUGACUGGCAGCUGACCUUUUUAUCUGAUCACCUUUGUUGCGUAUAUACCAUUUUGAAAUGUGGAGCCUUUAAUGAAAUCAAGUAUUCCUUAACAGCAACAAGAAUGGCUGCAACUUCUUUUUUUUUACAGUUCUAUUGUAAAUUGUGUUUUUAAAUAAAUUGAUUGGAUUUAACGUAAAGCAUGUUUUACUAAUGGAAGCAUACACUUGAAAUGUAUAUUUCCCGGGCUGUUGAUGAACAAUAAAAAGUUAACUGAUUUGGAUGAAGUUCUAUGAAAGCGGUUAAGUUCUAUGCAAUGUUAAAUUGUGUUCUCAUCUGUCAUAUUAUUUGGUAAGAUUAUAUUCUACCAUAUUAUAGGCUAUUGUUUACGAGUUAUUUCCUAUAUACAUGUGUUGUAAUAGGUAAUUGUUACCACGUGACCUGCACCAAUUUAAGAGGUGAGCAUGACCAAAUUAAGUUGUUGCGA